UUAAUUUAUCACAAUUGCACGUUGCCCAAAAAAGUGGGGGUCCCACCGUGUCAGCCUGGUACUGCUCUGGACUAUGGUGAGUAUGAUUCCCUUCUCAUUUCCAUUUCCAUUUCCAUUUCCAUUUCCACGCAGUAAAGCUUUCUCCCCACCUCAUUUCAUUUCCCUUCUUCACAUCAGUUCUGUAAUCUCAAUACAAUCUAUUUUCUCUGCAUUGAGCUUUGGACAUCACAAAAUCCACUCUUUUAAGGUGUCAAAUUUCCAGACGGCAGUCAGAGAAGAGCUGAGCUGAGCUGAGAACUGCGGUCAUGGCCACCAACUUCAGAUCCAUCCCGUUGAUCGAUAUCAGUCCACUGGUGGAGAAAUGGGACGAUCCGAACCCGACCAGAGAUGAAAGGGUUGCAGAAGUUGUUCGACAACUGGACAAAGCUUGUAGAGAAGCUGGCUUUUUUUACGUGACGGGCCAUGAGAUUCCAGAUUCUAUUGUGAAAGAAAUCAGAAGCAUAUCUCGCCAGUUUUUCGAUUUGCCAUAUGAUGAGAAACUCAAAAUAAAACUCUGUGCAGCAACUGGAUACAGAGGAUACCAAAUCGUUGGAGAGAACAUUACCAAAGGUGUACCCGACAUGCACGAAGCUAUAGAUUGCUACAGAGAAGUGAGACCUGGAAUGCACGGAGGUCUUGGUGAAAUUUUGGAAGGAUGUAAUCAAUGGCCAAGUGAUCUUCCUCGUUUUAAAAAUUUAAUGGAGGAUUAUGUCAAUCGUUGCACAGAUUUAUCAAGAAAGAUAUUAAGGGGAAUAGCUCUGGCGUUGGGCGGGCCUUUGGAUAUGUUCGAAGGUAAUAUAGCCGGAGAUCCAUUCUGGGUGCUUCGGAUCAUUGGAUAUCCUGCUGUUUCCCACUCCAAUGGCAAGCAAAUGCCCGAUGCCCAGAAUGACGUCGGAUGCGGAGCACACACUGACUACGGUUUACUAACAUUGGUUAAUCAAGAUGACGAUAUAACCGCACUGCAGGUGAGAAACAAUGAUGGGGAAUGGAUACCGGCUGUACCUGUUCCAGGCACAUUCGUUUGCAAUAUAGGCGACAUGCUGAAGAUCUUGACGAAUGGGCUAUAUGAAUCGACUCUGCAUCGGGUCAUCAACAACUCUGCAAACUAUCGUGUUUGUGUUGCAUACUUCUAUGAGACAAACUUUGAUGCUGCUGUAGAGCCACUAGAGAUAUGCGUGCAGAAGAGUGGUGGCGCCAAGAAGUUUGAUGGAGCUGUUUAUGGGAAGCAUUUGGUGAGUAAAGUGCUCAACAAUUUCGUCGAUCUAAUUUCUUUGUAACAAGCAAGUUUCUUCUGUGGCAAAACAGAUUCUUGUGUUGUAUUUGUACAUGAUGUGUUUCUGUUGCUAUCUCGUAUUUGUGACUUUGAUCCCUAGGGCGUGAUUGCGUCGAGUUGAGUGCUGAACUCGAGCUUGGCUUGUUCUCUUAUCGAGUCGGCCUCUCGAGUUUUAUUUAUCGAACAUUUUGAGGUUCACGAGCUUA